AUGGGGACAUCCCUAGAAGAGAAUAUUCUCUCUAUAUGCGGGAUACCCCCGUCCCUCCAAAACGAGCGGACGGGGGCGUCCCACUUCGUCUCCGUCAACACCGUGUCUUCUUCGUCAGGCGGGCGCGGUCGAGCUCCUGCAGCCGCGGCGGGCGCGGCAAGAUGCGGCCGCGGCUGGAGCUCCGGCGGGCGGAGGCGGGCGCGGUCGGGGCGGACGCGGGUGCUUCGUCAGGCGGGCGCGACCGGAGCUCCCGUGGUCGCGGCGGGCGCGGCAAGAUGCGGGCGUGGCCGGAGCUCCCGUGGUCGCGGCGGGCGCGGCAAGAUGCGGGCGCGGCCGGAGCUCCGGCGGGCUGAGGUGGGCGUGGCUGGGGCGGACGCGGCCGGGGCCGGGGCGGGCGCGGGCGGAGGCGGGCGGACGCGGCUGGGGCGGCAGACGCGGCCGGGGCCGGGCUGGCGCGGCUGGGGCGGAGGCGGCGCCGCGGGUGGAGCAGGAAGAGGAGAGCAGGGCGGUCGAAAGUGGAAGACUGUCGAGGUCGUCACCACAGUGGAGCAAGGGCAUGAGCGUAUCAGCUUGGAAGAAUUCCAGAAGAUGCUGGACAUGCAAUACCCGUACCACAAGAACCACAAGCACUCGGCCCGGGAAUGCUUCGGCCUCAAGAGGGCCUUCUCCGGGAAAGGCUUCGGAAAGCCACCUCGCAAGGAAGAUAAGGACAAGGAGCCUCGCAAGGGUCACCUCACUGACGAAGACCUCCAGAUGGCUGACAGCACCAUCAACAUGAUCUACGGCAUACCCGAGCAGUUCAAGUCCAAGAGGAAGCAGAAGCUGACCCAGCGCUAG